UCCUAACUUGCAGUCCACUCGGUGAGGCAGGGUUGAGACUCAGGGGGUGACAACCCAAGGGCACCCUUGUGUUGGGCAUCAGCUGAGCCAACCACUCUCUGUGCUCUGUCCCCCCCCUCAUCAAAGAAGAGAAAGAAGAGCCUUGAGGGUCAGCCACAGCCUUGUCAGGUAGAAGAAAUGUCAACGAUUAGGAGUUUUGAGGGAUUCCACCCUGUGUCUCUGAAGCAAGAGGGAGAUGACCAACCCUCUGAGACUGACCAGCUGUCCAUGGAGGAGAAGGACCCGGAGCCAAGGCAGAUUUCAAGGCAGCCAAGUGUGACUGAAUCAACACUCUACCCCAAUCCUUAUCACCGACCUUUUGUCUCACGGAAGUACUUCGCUACACGGCCGGGGGCCAUUGAGACUGCCAUGGGAGACUUGAAAGGGCACAUAGCCGAGACUUCUGGAGAGAAAAUUCAAGGCUUCUGGCUCUUGACAGAGAUAGACCACUGGAACAAUGAGAAGGAGAGGAUUUUGCUGGUCACAGACAAGACUCUCUUGAUCUGUAAAUAUGACUUUAUCAUGCUCAGCUGUGUGCAGUUGCAGCGGAUUCCCCUGAGCUCCAUCUACAGAAUCUGCCUGGGCAAGUUUGUCUUCCCUGGGAUGUCACUGGACAAGAGACAAGGAGAAGGCCUUAGGAUCUACUGGGGAAGUCUGGAACAGCAGUCCCUCUUUUCCCGCUGGAACCCAUGGUCCACUGAGGUGCCUUAUGCGACCUUCACUGAGCACCCUAUGAAAUAUUGCAAUGAGAAGUUCCUCGAAAUUUGUGAGUUGUCUGGGUUCACGUCUAAGCUUGUUCCAGCUAUCCAGAAUGCCCACAAGAAUUCGACUGGAUCUGAAAGAGGAAAGGGACUGAUGGUGCUAACUGAACCCAUUUUGAUUGAAACCUACAUGGGGCUGAUGUCACUCAUUGGAAACCGCAACAAACUUGGCUAUUCCCUUGCCCGCGGGAGUAUUGGUUUUUGAGAUGUUUUUUGAUGUAUAAGUAUGCCAUCCACUAAUACAUAUUUAUCGAAGAUUCUGUUUCAGGCCACCAUAGUUUUGGAUCGAAACAAUUCAUUACUUCCUAAUACUAU